GUGAUGAUAUGGAUGACUAUUGCUACAAUAAGCCACAUUGUGAUCCUUAUGCCUGGGGGGAAGCAUUUCCCUCUUGUCACCCUCUACUCGAAGAACACCACUCCCCCAUCAAUUUAGACCAGGCGGUGACCACAAACGACUCUCUGGGACCUCUACACCUGGUAGGCUUCGACAUGACCCAAACAGACUCAUGGACGCUCACGAACGACGGUCACUCAGUGGUCUUGCAGGUCGGUGGCGGCAUGGUGGUGAGUGGAGGCGGCCUUCCGGAUGUGUACCACACCCUCCAGCUGCACUUCCACUGGGGGGGGCCUGGCAGUAACGGCUCAGAGCACACGGUGGAUGGACGCAGAUAUCCGAUGGAGAUGCACAUUGUCAACGUGAAGGCAAUCCAUCCCAACAUGUCAGCCGCCUUGGAGGAUCCCACUGGGCUCGCUGUGCUGGCGUUCUUUAUUGAUGUUGUUUUUGGAGAGAAUACUCACUUUGGACUUAUAUCGCAAAAAUUGUCAUCUAUUGCUUACAAAGGUCAAACCACCAAAGUGAAGCCGUUUCCAUUGAUGAGCCUGUUGCCUGGGAACAACAUGAGCCAGUAUUACAGGUAUUACGGUAGCCUCACCACCCCUCCAUGCUCUCAAUCCGUGGUCUGGACCCUUUACGAGGUCCCCAUCUACAUUUCAUGGACUCAGCUGGGUGAGUUUACCUCCCAGAUGUUCUCCACAGAGAAGGACGCAGAGCAGGACACGCCUCUCAGGAACAACUUCAGACACAUCCAUCCCACCUUCAGCCGCGGGGUCUGGGCAUCCAGAGAAGCCAAAGCGCUCACAGGGGCGGCGGGGCGAACCCUUGGGUCGGCUGCGGUCGCACUGCUCCUAAUGGUCUUAAAUGAUAUAUUUCGAAUAUAGUCAACAGCAUUUAAAAUCACAUGUCACAUCCUUACCUUUUCUGUAUUACCAAGUAGUUAAUAUAUCCAUGAUAUUUUUGACCAAAAAUGUGUUCUUUCUAGCGCCAAUACCGUAUCCCAGUAAAGUUACACGUUAUAUAGUACAGUUUAGCUUAUUAACUAUGCCUUUUCAUGUGUAAAAACAGCUAAUUUAUGUCAAAUAGAAAUUCAAAUAUAAUAUGUACAUAUAUAUUACAGUUUUGAGGUGCUUUAGAGAAAUGCUACUUACUGUCAUGCUAACCAAGAACUCUAAAUGGUUAGGUUUGUUAACUCCACUUCCGUCGUACGCCCUACGACGAUUUGGCCGCCAUGAGUGUUAGUAUAACUAUUUUAUAUGUUGAUUAUUAAGCUUUGGUAACACUGUAAGGAAGGAAUAAACAUUUAUUUAAUACGGUUGCGUCGAGCCCACCCACUUCGACAGUUUCAUUCAUUUAGUCCUUGAUGCUAAUGCAAACUACAAACAAUUUGGUCAUUCCUUUCUGUUCAGCACAUUCGCUACGUGCGUACGCAUUAUCAUUCUAGUCAUUUUCUCUCUAUUCAUUUUGCCUACAAAAUUCUAAUAUAAAGAUUCAAUAAUGACAAUGCCGGAAAGCGUCAGAAGAAUUUUGGUUCUGUAGCCAAGCCAGUACUAUGCCCAAUCAUUUCUGUUCCGCACUUUCGCAACAUGAUAACAUGUUAGCAUACUGGCGUUGUUGAUUACUGACUAGUGACACGGAGUGUGUUUGUGUUUGAGCUGAUAGCUAAUGCUAAUUAUCUUUGUCUUUACACACCACCCGCCUCCUGGCACGGCCAUGACCGACCACACACACACACAAAGCCUUUUUGUCCUGGCUCGUGCAAGAGUGACGUCGAGCAUAAACAACAGUCAAAUUAACUGACUAAUACGUUACAAAAAUAGCUCGUGUCAAACCAAGUUUUGAACAUUUAAUGUUACCGUAAAAUUAAGCUAAAUUGAACAUAUGUGCCCAUUAUGACCUCGUGCCGGUGCCUCACCAUAACCAGAAGAUGGUGCUGUUACUUUGUCACCCAAGCCAUUUUGCUUUACAUCCUGCCUAGCAACAAGUGGUCACACACGUUAUGCUAAAUUUAAAUAUAAAUAGAUUGAAAGUGGGAGUGGGGUAAAGUAUUCCCAAUUAAUUCAAUAAUUCUUUCAAUAAUUUGUUUUUCUAUGCUGCUUAAUCCUCAUUAGGUUCGCAAGGAUAUACGGGAGCCGAUGACAGUUCACUUUUAGGCGAGAGGAGGGGUUCGCCCUGGACUGGUCGUCAGCCAAUCACAGGGCACAUAUAGACAACCAUUCACUCAUACCAGCCAAUCACAGGGCACAUAUAGACAACCAUUCACAGUCACAUUCAGCCAGGAGUCAGUUGUUAUAAAAACUUCAGGGUACAGGGUCAUUUCACAGGUUAAAAAAUACACGUAAAAUACAUUAAGAGUAAUCAUGCCGAUUUGUUCUUUGAGAUGUCAUUCAGAUUGCAGAGCUGCCAAACGUCAAAUUAUAAUCACUUUUCUCCAAAGAAAUUCUGUAUGGAUGUAUGCAAAACUGCUUUAUUUCCAUGUUGAACAUUUUCAUACAUUUGUUAUGUAAUAAAUAGACAAAGAGGAGCAGGCUGAUUGUUCAGUCCUCUUCCU